AGUUCUAAGCGAUGCCGAGUGAGAGCAAAGAACCCAAGGACGAAAAGGCUGGAGAGAAGCCUCAUGCCGCUACCUCUAGCGAAUGCAAAGCUCAUUCAGGACACGAGAAAGCGGGCGCUAAAGAUGACGAUGGAAGCAGCUGCGCCGCAGACGACAAUGAUCUCGUGAAUAAAGUCAUCUCCUUCUUCUUUGACAACGACGAGUUCGCACACACGUUCGAGACCUUUGCAGAGCAUCAUUGCCAUGCAUUCGAUCUAGACAGUGACGAGAUGAAGCUCGAAUACACUGAUAUCUACAACGAGUUUCUCGCUCUUUUUGAAGAGAAACUAGAAGCGUACAUCCAAUCACAGGGGGCAACCGUGCACGAAUUUUACGACAUGGUGCGUCGAGCUUACGAGAAUAAUCGUCAGUCGGGCACUGUGCUCUGUUCGGAGAUCCUCGUGGCCACUGCAGAUUUCGACGUGUUUGUAUGCGCCAAACAAAAGAGGCCUCGCUGCUGGCGAAGCGCUAAAAGCUGGUACUGGCUUUAG